UGUGGGAUCUGUGGAAAACGUUACAGUAAAAAAUGGACUUUAACUCAUCACAUGAGAAUUCACACAGGUGAGAAGCCUUUCUUCUGUGGAUCCUGUGGAAAGAGUUUCUCUCGAAAGGACUUUCUAAAUGUCCACAUGAUAACUCACACAGAUGAGAAGCCUUUCUCUUGUGGGUCUUGUGGAAGAAGUUUCUCUCAAAAAACUCAUUUAAAUGUUCACAUGAGAAUUCACACAGGUGGGAAGCCUUUCUCUUGUGGGUCUUGUGGAAGAAGUUUCUCUCAAAAAGGUUCUUUAAAUGUUCACAUGAGAAUUCACACGGGUGAGAGGCCUUUCUCUUGUGGGACUUGUGGAAAACGUUUCUCUCAAAAAGGUGAUUUAAAUGUUCACAUGAGAAUUCACACGGGUGAGAAGCCAUUCUCAUGUGGGAGCUGUGGAAAAAGUUACAGUAACAGAAGUAAUUUAUCUCGUCACAUGAAGACUCACUCUGAUGAGAAGCCAUAGUUCUAAAACAGAUCCGAUCCAAUUUGGCAUCUAAUCUUAUGGAAAAUCUGGUCAGAUGAUGUAAACAGCAAGUUGAACAUAUUAAAGUCAACAGGUUCUUGCAGGCUGCUAGUGAUUCACUGUGAUUGUGUCUUUCACUGUCUGACCAAGAUAAACCUGAGGUCUACUUUUGCCUAGCAGCUUGUUUUCCUUAAUCCAGUUUUUUGUUUUAAUUCUCAGUCGUAUUUGUACUUAAGAUCCCCAUCAGUAUCCCAUUAGAUACUGAAGUUAAAGAGGGGAACACAUUCAGACAGGAUUAAUUUCUGUGCAUUUCAGUUUUCAUGGAGUUCUGUACCAUGUAGAAUAAUUGAGUUUAGCUUUUAUUUGAAGUUUCUGUGUAUGACUGGAUGUAAAAUACUUUAGAAAUGAAAGCAGUGAAAUGUUCUUGUUUUUCCAUAAAUAAAACUCUGAUGUUUGUUUGAAAAAAAAUCUCUAAAAUAAUUUUGAUCUGGUCAGAUUUUGAUUUAGAGCUAAUCCACAGAGAGGUUUUUAUGUUCCCAAAUGUUUGUCAUUGUUACACUUUGCUAUGAGAAGCAAAGUAUAUUAUUAAAAAGGUUUGUUAAAAUAUACACUAGUAUUUUGAGCAGAAUAUGCUUUUUAAUAACUGUUGAUGUGAAUAAAUAUUGAUGGAUUAUUCA